CCGUGCCCUGCCUGCUACUAAGUAAGCGGCACAUCGUCAUGGGAGGGAGACCUUCUCGUGAAACGACAACGCGCAGAUUUAAACCCGAUAUUCUCGAAUACCGAGCUAAGAUGGAGGAUCUCGACGGUCAGCUUGUGGUCAUCGUGGGCGAACCACAGAAAGAAAACGAUGGAACCAAAGAUGCCUUCGUCUCGUACCUCGUCACUACUAAGUCAGACUACCAGUCAUUCAAUAAGCGCGAGUUUUCCGUGCGGCGACGAUUCACAGAUUUCCAGUUCCUCUAUCGCAUCCUCGCCAAUGUUUGGGGCGGCUGCGCCGUCCCCCCGCUACCGGACAAACAUAACAUGGAGUAUGUUCGAGGCGAUAGAUUCGGACCUGACUUUACAAAUCGACGCUCAUAUUCCCUGAAUCGCUUCAUGAAGCGCUUGACGCUACAUCCAUUGCUACGGCGGCAGCCUAUACUACUCGAAUUCCUUGAAAGCCCCGAUUGGAAUGCGACGAUGAAGACUCGACCCAAGGCCAUGACGAUGACAGAUCAGAAUGCAGGGAGUGGUGGUCUCCUAGACAGUAUUGCGGAUACCUUUCUCAACACCUUCAGCAAAGUACACAAGCCAGACAAGCGAUUCAUUGAGGUUAAAGAGAAGGCAAAUAAGCUGGACGAAGAUUUAGGCAAUGUUGAAAAGGUGACAGCGCGAGUCGCCCGGAGGCAAGGUGAUCUUGAGGCCGAUUAUAGCGAUCUAGCCCAACAGUUCCAGAAGCUCGUUACUCUCGAAUCGGGUGUCGAACAGCCUCUCACUGCAUUCCAUGCCAGCUUAGAGGAGACGUCACAAGGCUUCAGGUUCUUAAAGGAACACACGGACCAGAACUACCUAGGAUCAUUGCGUGACAUGGAGGCUUACAUACUGGCAGUCAAGGCGCUCCUCAAAGCGCGUGAGCAGAAGCAGCUCGAUUUUGAAGGUCUUACAGACUACUUGAACAAGGCUGCUUAUGAACGUGAUCAGCUCGCAUCGCAACAUGGCUCAUCCGGCUUGGGGGCUUCAGGCUUUCUGCGUGCCAAGCUCGAGGAUGUUCGAGGGGUCGAUCACGAACAAAGCCGUCGAGAUCGAGUGCGGAAGCUAGAGCUCGAGAUCGAGAGGCUGCAGCUUAAUGUAGAAGAAGCUAAGAAGGCUUCCGAGACCGCGGACGAGUCUACCGUAAAGGAAAUCGCAGACUUCGAACGUAUCAAAGCGGUUGAAUUCAAGGACACGCUAGGAGAUCUCGCUGACACACAUAUCGCAUUCUUCAAGGGUACGAUUGACACCUGGGAGAAGUUUGUGGACGACAUGGAAAAGUGGGAGAAUGAGGCAAAAGAAAGAAGCGAGGUUGCGAAAGCGAAACCUAUGAGCUCAGCAGGACCGAGAUCUCGAGAGCUUCCUACAAGGUAGUGUCGCUCAUGUAGGCUCAUGCUCAUUUUCACUUUCCAGGCGUUCAGGAACGGCUGCUACUGUUCUUUUCACUGAGUUUCACAUUGUCUCUAGAUAACGGGUCUAUUUUAUAUGAAAGCACUACUCCAAGGCUACGCGGAGAACUUCUAUUUGAGAGCAAUUACAGGGUCACCAUGUUGACGAUGCAGACUGUACUAUUGAUGUCCAUCUUAGAUUUAUCAUUCGUAUGAAGUUUGCUCCUAGCCCUUUUAGAGGUAGCGUGGUCUAUGGAUAGCCGCCACUAGGCCUAGAUAGUAAUGGUACAUCUGCACACCUU